AUGGGUGAUCGUCGUCUUAACAUUGGUUAUAAGCGAAACUUAACAUCGUCGAAAUCUCCUGCCCCUACAUUACAGGUAAAUUCUGAUAUGGAUACUAUUACAAAUAUAUUAAAAUCUCAAGAAUUCGUAUCGAAAAUUGUUACAGCUGUGAUAUCUCAAGAUUCAUUAAUUAGCUCAAUUGUUCAAAAUGUACUCAGUAGUAAUCCUUUCCAACAGAUGAUAAAUGAAAUCAUUAGACAAAAGAUAGCUCCACUGGAAACACGUAUGCAACAGCUAGAAGAAAUGGUUCAAGAUCUACAAGAAAGAAAUGACUAUCUCAACUAUAAAACAAAUGAUUUAGAACAAUAUCAACGGAGAUGUGCAUUUCGUAUUUAUGGAAUAGCUGAAAACAAAGACGAAGAUACAAAUGCUAUUGUCAAAGAUAUAGGUAAAGUAAUGGGUGUGAAAGUUGAAGACAAUGAUAUUUAUGCAUGCCACCGAUUA